ACCUCUUUUAGCAUGAGUAUACGAGUGUGAUUGUUACCUUGUAAAUUUAUAGGCAUUAAGAUGUUUUAAGCAGAUAACAGAAAUCUGCUAGAGGAAAGAGUCACUUUUCAAGUUGAUUAUGAAAAUGCGAAAACAACGCGUGCUUUAAAAAAAAACGUAGUCAUGCAACCUAGUGUUUUUCUUGUUUGAAAACCUGCUAAGGUAUGUGUUCUUUUUAUUAGCGAUAAAAAAUGCAACGGUAAGCAUGAAUGGAAACAUAAAAAACAGCAUAGAAUCAACAUGCCGCAGCCACUGUUAGUCAUGUAUCUGUCAACCCAACACUGAAAAUGUCGUCACGCAGCUGGUGCCAUAUUUACCGUGCCACGCUUCUACGGCACAAGAGUAAAAUGGACAUCGCUAUCUUGAUGUCAAACCACUCUUGAAUUCUACAAAACGUCGCUCUUUAAAAACGUUUACGCCCUCGUACUAAGAGGAUAAACACCGUGUUCAAUGUAACCUAGUUUGCGUAUUUGUCAAACGUGCGACAGCAUUAAGAGUGCGUUUGCUCGAAGUGAUUGGUUAAGAUGAGAAAUUGUUAAUUAGGGACAAGAUAACCGUAAACUUAAAACGAGUCUAGCUUAUUAAUCCACGAUGAGCUCAGGGCGAACCAAGGCGGCUUGGGGAUUUAUCUGAGAAGAACUGGAUUUGAAGAAGGGAUAAGAAAUUUGAGUGAAAUUCUGUAGACGCUGUCAAAGGAAAGUUGGAAAUUUGAGCUGACAUCCAUUGCCAAGAGGAGAUUUUCUAGAUUGUCAUUUAGUGGGUUUUACUAGAGGGCAAUCAUCUCGAAAAGUUAAAACAGGAGGGCGAUGCUUGAGGAAAUUUCAAGGCGAGAGAGACAGAACUAAUUAAAAGACGUGUAAACAUUAACACAGAAACAAAAUUGAACUUGCCGAAGCAGAGAAGCAGGGUCCAGAUAUGGUCGUGAGAACAUCUGCUUAGAAGACAGGAAACAAUUUUCAUGCUUCACAGGCAACCCUGUGAAGUUUCCAUUUAAAGCAAAGUUAUCGCCGCUAUGUUGAACAACACCACUGACCUAAACUCCACGGUGUUGCCAGGGCAGGUAGGCGUCGCUAGGCCGGUCGCGUCCUCGCCUUACUGUGUGGGCUUCAUCGCGUCCUACGGCCUUGUCGCUAUUCUCAUUCUACUGGGAAACCUCCUCUCACUCGUGAUCUUCCUGAGAACCAAGGCUUUGCGCCGUAAACCGUUCUUCCUACUUAUCAGUCUCUCGUUUGUGGACUUCUUUAUGGGCGUCUAUGCGGUCUCCUUCUGCGCGGGUUUUAUGUUCAGUUGCGGUAUCAUACCGGCUAAGUACUACUCGGUUAAGGCGCGUGACAUCUUCCAGUGGUUCUUUCUCGUGCCUUUCUUUGCAUCCGUCCAUACUCUGGCGGCAAUUUCCAUCGAGCGCGUUAUUGCUGUUGUGUUCCCGUUUUACCAUCGCGUGGUGGGGAGAGGGUUCUACGUCGCCCUCGUCCUGGUUCCGUGGAUACUCGCAGGUGGAUACACGGUCGUCUCUGAAGUCUUUUCGACCUUUAUCGGGCAGCCGCAAGUUGGAACUAACUUGUAUUGGACGACAGCCACAGCGUGCUUGAUCAUCAUCAUUGUGUCCUACACAGCCGUCUUCGUCAAAGUCAAAUCGAGCCACGUUGUCAACAAUAACCAUGCCCAGAACUUGCGUGACAGGAAGUUGGCCGUCACGCUUUUGAUCGUCACGGUAGCCUCUGUGGCCACGUGGCUUCCUUGGCUUAUUCUCCAACCGAUAACGGUUUACUGUCAAAAAUGCAAUGCGACGCUAUCGUAUGAACCGUUUCUGCUGUUGUUACUUGUUUGUGUGAACUCAGCCAUUAAUAUUUUCAUAUACGCGGGGCGAAUUCCCGCCUUUAGGGAAGUACUACUCGGGCUCCUGUGUAAAGGGCGUCUACUUGACGUGGCAGGAAGCAGCGACCGGAGAUCCGCGGAACAUAACGACACCAACACACUCGAGGCCAAGCAAACCCUGCUCAACACAGUAAAGGAGACAAGACUAUAACAAUCCUUUCAAGCGUCAUACGACGAUAACGAGAACGUGCCUUUGUGGUACAUUGGAAAUUCUGAUGUUUUUCUUUUCAGGCGGGGGAAGGGUGCAGCGUAAAGGGGGGCGGCAACACGAAAAAAACUAGAAAAGCCACUGCCUUGUUGAACUAAGACACUUGCGUCAUUUAUUACUACACAGUUAUAACACAAUACACUCCACAUCUAAAGGGAGUUUCGAUUUUUCGGCCCGAAUAAGUGAAAAUUCUCACAUGUAAACAAGGUCAAUAAUGAUGCACUGAUAAUGAAACUAUUACCGAAAAGACCUACAGAGGUUAUACUGUAGCCCUAUAUAAAUAAAGAUCAUUGUACUGAAUGUUAAUAUAAUUUCCACGACACAUGCUUUAUUUAAAUUUAGCAUUUAUACUCUGUACAAA